GGAGGGGAAGAUGACUUGUAUGCAUGUAAUGCAUCCUAAUCGAGUUUCAGAUGCUUCUACUUGUAAUACAAUACGUUCAUUGCAUCCGUCUAUUAUUAAAAGUCUCGAUUACGGAACUCCCCCGUUCGUUUUUUCAUUGAUUUCCUUUUAAAGGUUUUUGAACUUUCUAACGAUCUAUAGAAAUUAAUGACAAAUACAUAAUAUAUACGUUAAUGCACCCUGUUAUUGAUGCCCCCUAUAGAAACUCAUAACAAACUCGUAGAUCUUUGCGUUUUUGAGGUUAAGUUCGAGCCUCUGGUAUUGAUCCGAAAAAGUAGCUGUUUUUUUCUUUUCUUUUCUUUUUUUUCUUUUUUUCUUUUUUUUAUGUUUCAAAUCAAUUACGUGCAAUAAAAUUUGGAAUUCAAAUGUGUAUCAUCAUCGUACGAGAUUUUCCAGCCAGCACUGUCGCAAAUACGUGCGAUAAGUGUGAAAAAAUUGAUCAACAAAUCGGAAUACUUUUUAAAAGGACAGCACUACCACCUCGUGGCACUUGUUCGUUCGUUCAUUUGCCGGUGCAUAAUUUUUUCAUCCAAUGUAUGUAUCAUCGUACGUGGCUCGCGAUUUCUUAAUUUCACCAACAAGCUUCCCGUUACGAGGUUAACCAAGCAACUUUCUCAUGCGAAGUCGGAAAAAUGCUUUCCCUGGGUUACGUCUACUUUUUAACCUCGUUAGUUAGCGUAUGGGCCGAUUUCAACGUUUCCACUCAUGAUCUUAAAGUAGGACUUUAUCAAAGGAAAUCUGUGAACAUAUACUUGACAGAAUCUAUAUCGCAAAAUGUAACAGUAAGGAUAGAUAUACAACACAAGGAUUUGAUAACUGUCGAGCCACCUGAAUUUUCUGCUACCACUGACAAAUUAGAAUACGAGAUAUUCGUUAAAGGUAUUUCUGCUGGGCAUUCAACUCUAAGUUUAAAUGUCACACCUUCGAAUGUUACAGUUUUUACGGAUGCAUUCGUUAGAGUGACAGUGGAAAAAUCUGAUACGAUUUAUCAUUGUAGCGUUGUAGUAGGAUGGAUUUAUUUUCUAGCAUGGAGCGUAAGCUUUUAUCCACAGAUCUACAGCAAUUACAAACGCCGAAGUGUUGUAGGACUUAAUUUUGAUUAUUUAUCGUUAAAUCUCGUUGGAUUUAUUAUGUAUGCGUUAUUUAAUUGUGGUCUCUUCUGGAUAACAGAAAUAGAGUUAGAAUAUUUUAAUAGAUAUCCAAAGGGAUUGAAUCCUGUACAAGUCAACGAUAUAUUUUUUUCCCUACAUGCAGUAUUCGCCACUGUGAUAACUAUCGUUCAAUGUUUUAUUUAUGAGACUGGUUCUCAAAGAGUUUCUACUACGGUGCGUAUAGUUCACGCGCUAUUCGCGAUAUUUAUAUUUAUUUCUAUGUUACUUGCCGUAAAAGCUGUGAUAAUGUGGCUGGAUUUUUUGUAUUACUGCAGUUACGUUAAAUUAUGUAUAACUCUUAUUAAAUAUGUGCCACAAGCAUUUUACAAUUACCGAAGAAAGUCCACUGUUGGUUGGAGUAUUGGUAAUAUAUUUUUAGAUUUCACCGGUGGUAUAUUGUCGAUGUUACAGAUGAUACUGAAUGCGUAUAAUUAUGACGAUUGGGAAAGCAUUUUUGGUGAUCCAACGAAAUUUGGACUUGGAUUCUUCUCUGUAGCAUUUGAUAUCUUUUUCAUUAUACAACAUUACGUUUUGUACAGAAACCGUAAAGACUACGUGGACAUUCCUGGUGACUGUCAUGGUGAUAUAGAAGAAGGCACUUCUUCUUCUUCUUCUACCGGCACGCAUACCUAAUUCCAUAUACAUUUUUAUACUCUAUUUUAUAUAUAUAUAUACAUAUAUAUAUGUUUUUCUUUAUUUUUAAUAAAUAUUUAUUUAUGUAUUAAGAAGAGAGAAGCGCGAUUAGAUAACGAGAUUAGUAAUCUAAAUGAAAUUAUUUCGUUACUGCAUUUUUUAAUCGAUACAAACGAAAAACGUUAAGAAAAAUAAUGAAGAUAUGUAUGUGUGAUAGAAUUCAUUUCCUAAAAAGUGCAAUAUUGUUGUCAUUGUUACUAUUAUUAUUAUUAGGAAGAAAAACAAGAUUUUAUUCUCAUAGGAAAACAUGUUUUACGUAGCAUGGAAUAAACGAGUGUAUAGCGUUUGAAAAAUAAUUGUUUAACAUGAAAAGAGAGGGACGUAAAAAGUGAGAUAGAACCCCAUAAUAAAAUCAGAUUAUGGUAGGUUUUAAUUUAUUGCUUUUUUUUUUUUUAGUAUGGAGUGUGUUUGUUUUAUGAAUGAUGAUAGAUCGAAUCGAUAACUAUUGCGAGAUGCGUUUGUUUAUAGAAGAAUGAAUGUGUAUGAGAAUAAAGAAUAUUAAAAAUGUUUUGUUGUUACACGAAAUAUAAUAGUUCGUUGAGUUGAUUGACGAAGAUAUGAAUCAUCGAAGAAAGAAAUUAUCUAACUGUAUUUAAACAAAAAAUAUAUUAAACCUGACAGUGUUUAAUCCUUUGCACCGAAAAAGGUUGCUCUCGAUCACCACUUGAUUUGAUGCAGCAACUCUAGAAUGAUCUGUUAUUUCUGUUUAACACACACAAAUGUAGAUAAUUAUAUAAAAAAUUGUUUGUGAAAUCAUAUAUAAAAGAUGGUUGUAAGAUAUUCAACAAAUAUGCGAAAAAUCGUCUAAUAAAAAAUGCCUCGAAGUA